UUCUGUGUAGUGUGUAGUGUGUAGUUAUGUCGUGUAAAUAGGGUUUGUCGCAGGCAGGCGGCGCUAUAGAUUGCUGUAGAACGGCGGUGAUCGUAAAUGGUAUCGUCAUGUGAGAGCUGUUACCUUUCUCAUCGCAUAUAUUGCCAUGAACCAAUUAUAGCUGACUGUGAUAAGUAGAAAGUUAUUUUUCUGGAGAUUACACACAAAUUCUAUGCUUUGUGAACAUGGUUUUAUUCACACGAUAUAAACCUUUGGAGUGGAUUAAUUCAAAUGAUUAAACUGGAUGGAUGUCGCGGUGGUCUUGACCGUCCAGCGCCCUCUGGAGGGAGAACAAGGGAAAACGACUAACAGCCGGUACCGUUCACCGGUCAGCUGCGGGACUUUAAACAUGGCGGAGCGCAUGGCAGCACGUUUGUCCGCUCAGGAGGAGCAGAUCGCGGCGUUGAGUCACGAGAUCAUCCGCCUGCAGGAGAGUGUGACGUGCGGGUUCGACUUCAGCACUCUGGCGAGCGGACCGAACCUGAACGCGCUGCGAACCGACAACGAGAAACUCAAAUACCGACUGCUGCACCUCCGCCGAGGCCUCCGAACCGAGCAAGAGCUGGAAGACCAGAACCAGAAGAGAGCGGCGGACAAAGACCAGCGUCAGAAGAGAGCUGAUGACAAAAGCCAAAACCAGAAGAAACCGGAGGACAAAGACCUAAACCAGAAGAGAGCAGAUGACAAAAGCCAGAAUGUGAAGAAACCAGAGGACAAAAGCCAGAACCAGAAGAAACCGGAGGACAAAGACUUAAACCAGAAGAGAGCUGAGGACAAAAACCAGAACCAGAAGAGAGCUGAGGAUAAAGACCUAAACCUGAAGAAACCGGAGGACAAAAACCUAAACCAGAAGGGAGCAGAGGAAAAAAGCCGAAACCAGAAGAGAGCUGAGGACAAAAACCGGAACCAGAAGAGAGCGGAGGAUAAAGAACAGCAACAGAAGAGAGCGGCAGACAAAGACCAGCACCAGAAGAGAGCUGAGGACAAAGACCAGCACCAGAAGAGAGCUGAGGACAAAGACCAGCACCAGAAGAGAGCUGAGGACAAAGACCAGCACCAGAAGAGAGCUGAGGACAAAGACCAGCACCAGAAGAGAGCGGCAGACAAAGACCAGCACCAGAAGAGAGCUGAGGACAAAAGCCAGAACCAGAAGAAACCGGAGGACAAAAGCCAGAACCAGAAGAAACCGCAGGACAAAGACCUAAACCAGAAGAGAGCGGAGGAAAAAGACCUAAACCAGAAGAGAGCAGAGGACAUAAGCCCAAACCAGAAAAAAAAAGAGGGCAAAAGCCAGAACCAGAAGAAACCGGAGGACAAAGACCUAAACCAGAAGAAAGCAGAGGACAAGAGCCAGAACCAGAAGAGACCAGAGGACAAAAAACAGAACCAGACUGAGGAACCUAAAGAGAAGGUUUGCUCAAAGCAGAAAGUGACAUCAUCAAAAGCCAGCGCUCCAGCCAAUCAAGAGCCAAAGAAGAAGAAGAAGGAAGUGAAAACUGAGGCGUCAGGAGAGUUGAACCCUUGGCCUGCUUUUAUCUCUGAGCGUCUGGAGCUCUAUGACCGGCUGAAGCAGGAGAGUGACUCUAUUCUGUCCGAGCGAGCGGCGAGCAGGAAGUCCAUCGGUGUCCAGCUGCCUGAUGGACGAACGGUUCCGGCGACGGCGUGGGUGAGCAGCCCGUAUCAGCUGGCCUGUAACAUCAGUCAGGGUCUCGCAGAUAACUGUGUGAUCGCCCGGGUGAACGGAGAACUGUGGGAUCUGGACCGACCUCUGGAGACAGACUGCAGUCUGGAGCUCCUGCGCUUUGACCACGAGGACGCUCAGGCCGUGUAUUGGCAUUCCAGUGCUCAUAUUCUGGGUGAAGCCAUGGAGCGGUUCUAUGGCGGCUGUCUCUGUUACGGGCCGCCCAUCGAGAAUGGGUUCUACUACGACUUGUUUCUAGACGGUCAGAAAGGCGUGUCCAGCACUGAGUUCAGUAAUCUGGAGAACAUCUGUAAAUCCAUCAUGAAGGACAAACAGACGUUUGAGAGACUGGAGGUCAGUAAGGAAACUCUGCUGGACAUGUUUAAGUACAACAAGUUCAAAUGUCGUAUACUGAACGAGAAGGUGACUACACCCACCACAACAGUGUACAGGUGUGGCCCUUUGAUUGAUCUGUGCAGAGGGCCGCACGUAAGACACACUGGUAAAAUCAAAGCUCUGAAGAUCUAUAAGAAUUCUUCGACAUACUGGGAAGGUCGUGCUGAUAUGGAGACUCUUCAGCGGAUCUACGGAAUCUCUUUUCCUGACAGUAAAAUGCUGAAGGAAUGGGAACGCUUUCAGGAAGAAGCCAAAAACAGAGACCACCGUAAAAUUGGGAAGGAUCAGGAGCUCUUCUUCUUUCAUGAUCUGAGUCCAGGCAGUUGUUUCUUUCUUCCGCGAGGAGCUUAUAUCUACAACACACUGACAGAGUUUAUCAGGGAUGAGUACUGCAGACGAGGAUUUCAGGAGGUGGCUUCUCCAAACAUCUAUAACAGUAAACUGUGGGAGACGUCGGGUCAUUGGCAUCACUACAGUGAGAACAUGUUCUCUUUCCCUGUGGAGCAGGACAUCUUCGCUCUGAAACCCAUGAAUUGUCCUGGACACUGUCUGAUGUUCGGUCAUCGUCCACGCUCCUGGCGUGAGCUGCCGCUGAGGUUCGCAGAUUUCGGUGUUCUUCAUCGUAAUGAACUCUCAGGAACUCUGACGGGUCUCACCAGAGUCCGACGCUUUCAGCAGGAUGAUGCUCAUAUAUUCUGCACCAUGGAUCAGAUCGAGUCGGAGAUGAAGGGCUGUCUGGAUUUCCUGCGCUGUGUCUACGAUGUGUUCGGAUUCUCUUUUCAGUUGCAUCUCUCCACACGUCCGGAGAAGUUUCUUGGAGACAUCGCUGUGUGGAACCAAGCUGAGAAGCAACUGGAGAACAGUCUGAAAGAGUUUGGAGAGCCGUGGAAGCUUAAUCCAGGAGACGGAGCUUUUUACGGGCCAAAGAUUGACAUUAAGAUUAAAGAUGCCAUCGGCCGAUAUCACCAGUGUGCCACGAUUCAACUAGACUUUCAGUUGCCCAUCCGCUUUAAUCUGGUCUAUGUGGGGAAAGAUGGAGACGAUAAAGCCAGACCAGUGAUCAUUCACAGAGCCAUUCUGGGUUCAGUGGAGAGAAUGAUCGCUAUACUCACUGAGAACUACGCCGGGAAAUGGCCGCUGUGGUUGUCUCCGCGUCAGGUGAUGUUGGUGCCGGUCAAUCCCUCUCUUGAAGAAUACGCCAAACAGGUGUGCAAGCGAUUUGUUGAAGCGGGUUUCAUGGCCGACGCUGAUCUGGACUCUGGUUGCCUUCUGAACAAGAAAAUUCGCAACGCACAGCUGUCACAGUACAAUUUCAUUUUGGUGGUAGGUGAGAAGGAACGGCUGACUAACAGCGUGAACGUGCGCACGAGAGACAACAAGGUCCACGGCGAGCUGACGGUGGAGGAGGUGAUGGCCAGAUUGACUCUACUGAAGCAGUCCAGGUGUCGCAACGCUGAAGAAGUCUUCUGAACCACAGAAUAACUCUCAGCUCCGUCCGUCUUUAUUCUGCUGAGAAGAAAGCAAUAAUAUGAAGAAGAAACGUGAUAUUGAAGGAGGGAUGAUAAUGAAAAGAUAAAGAGCAGUUUGACUCUGUAGUGAAAAGUGAAUUGUCAUGUGAAUGAAGGUUAAAAUGAUGUCAUGGGUUUGUGUAUGUGACCUGAAGGUUUAGAAUAAAGACUCUUAAAA